GCCGCCCACGGCUUCCAUUUUUGUGGUGGAACACACUACUAGCCCUCGCGAAGAAUACACAUUUGCUGUUCUGAAAUUGUCUUCUAAUGUAAAUAGAGUUGUAAGUAGCGUGUGAGGUAUUGGUUAAACGAAACCUAAUUAUAUCUGGUUAAAGUGAGAUUUCCCCCCGCUGGAGGACACGUUGGAGCUCCAGAGGAAACGAUACGGGCUUUUUAUUCCCCAUUUUAACUUUAGUGAGCGGCGUUUUCCGCCGUUUUUUAUUCCCUCCCCUGAUCCUCUCUUGCGAGAGUCGCGGCCUGUAGUGCAGCCACGAGGCGUGUCAGACCACAGGGAAUCAGGCGAUGGCGGAGUUCGGUAACGGACUGGCAGAGGAGUCUCUGCUGGACUCAGAUCCGGGUCACUCAGAACUUGAAGACCCAGGCGUCGGCGACGAAGAACCGGGAUUAGACGAGGGAGAGGCCGCUAUUGAAGAUCCGGAGCUGGAGGCAAUUAAAGCCCGUGUGAGAGAGAUGGAGGAAGAGGCAGAGAAACUGAAGGAGCUACAGAACGAGGUGGAGAAACAGAUGAACCUCAGUCCUCCACCUGCCGGCCCUGUUAUUAUGUCCAUUGAAGAGAAGAUGGAAGCUGAUGGGAGGUCUAUUUACGUUGGAAAUGUGGAUUAUGGUGCAACCGCAGAAGAGUUGGAGGCGCACUUCCAUGGCUGUGGCUCCGUAAACAGAGUCACCAUCUUGUGUGACAAGUUUACAGGACACCCCAAAGGGUUUGCAUAUAUAGAGUUUGCAGACAAGGAGUCUGUCAGGACAGCCAUGGCACUGGACGAGUCCUUAUUCAGAGGAAGACAGAUUAAGGUUGGGGCCAAGAGAACGAAUCGUCCUGGUAUUAGCACCACAGACCGCGGUUUCCCCCGGGCCCGAUUCCGCUCACGGGGAGGAAGCUUCUCAUCACGAGCGCGCUACUACAGUGGCUACACACCCCCCAGAGGCAGAGGACGGGCCUUUAGGGGCCGAGGGCGAGCAACAUCGUGGUACUCCCCUUACUAAUACAUCCCUACCCCCAUGAACCCCCCUUUACUAUCACCCCAUGUCCCCAUAGAAAAGAAAAAAAGACCCCACUCAAAAAAGGAAGAAAAAAAAGAAGAAAAAAAAAAGACAAAAAAAAGGGAAAAAAAAGAAAGAAAAAAAAAAACAAAAAAAACAGCAUCUACUGGAAAGACAGACUGACUGGCCGCAGUGUGCGAUUGUGUGUGCGCAUGCGUGUGAGGAGAUAUUGCGAUCACCCUGGUAAGGUACAAUAUGGCCGAUGGGGAGAUUUGGUGGCAUUUGUUGUAAUUUGAGAUGAUGAUGUAAUCUCAGGCUGCAGAUGCGUGUCCUUUUUGUCUGGCUGUGACUUUUCUCACCCGACAGCCCUCCUUGUGUUUGCACUCGAAGGCAAACAGAAAAAAAAUGUUAACUUUUUCUUUUUUUUUUACUACUAUUAUUAUUAUUAUUAUUGUAACGUGAAUAUGUGGAAUUCCAAUAGCAAGAAUGUUGUGUUCACAGAGUUGUGCUAUUUGAGAAUCAUAUUCUAUUAUUUGUCUGUGCUCUCUAGAAUUCCCUUUUUCUCCCUCCAGCACUGGUUCUUUCCUGUUCAUCCCUCACUCAGUUAUUCCAACAGUUCAGCAUUGUUUUUAAGUUCUAUUGUUCUUGAAUCAUCUUCCACAUCAUAUGAAGAUUGUACAAUGGCGUGGCGUAAAAGCUGUUUUUUUUUUCUUUCUUUUUUUUCUCUUGUCUCAUGCUGCCAUAUGCCAUUCCAAACCAUUUGUUUCUUGUCCCUGUGCCUCUCCCCCACCCCCCUUCUCUCGCUCUCUCUUUGUAUAUUAGACCACUUCUUGUCGUUUCAGGUUUCAGGACCAGUGGAGGCUGACUACCCCUCCUCCCGUGGCCGCAGCACCCCCUACUGUCUCGGCGGCAUCUCUCUCUCUUUCUGCUCCCGCUAUGCACACUCACCCCAUCCUCUCUGUGUGGGGGGGAGGGGGACAAGG